UCAGAUCUUUCUUAAACGGCGUGCACAGUAUUUCGUUUGUUCAUUCACUCACAGUUUCCUUAUCUUAUUUCGAUUGUCUCGUCUCGUUGUUCCAUCGAUUCGAUCGGUUUUUAUCGGGUUUUUAUCGUCUAGCGUAAAAUAUAAAAUUCGAAUCGGGGAAGGGAUUGAGAAAAACAGGAUGCCUUUCGCGGAUACCGAAACUAUUAAUGGGUACAAUCAUCACCCGCAAUUGAAACAAUCUAAAAAUAACGAAUUGUUGCAAACGGUUGAAGAAUCAUCGCACAGCACAUAUACGUUCGAGGAUCUGCAAGAAGCGGCACAAUAUUUGCUGGACCGGAUCAAAUUGAAGCCAAAACUUGGAAUCAUAUGCGGUUCUGGAAUGAGAUCAAAUGAGCAAAACGAGUUGUGUCCAGGUUCGCUGGCCGAUUGUCUCGAGAAUAAGCAGUCCAUCCCCUAUCAAGAAAUCCCGCAUUUUCCUGUCUCCACUGUGAAGGGUCACCGAGGCCAGAUGGUUUUCGGUUAUUUGAAUUCUGUACCGAUUAUGUGCAUGCAAGGCAGAUUUCACUAUUACGAGGGUUAUCCACUUUGGAAGUGCGCCAUGCCAGUAAGAGUUAUGAAGCUCGUAGGUGUGACUCAUCUGAUCGCGACGAACGCGGCGGGAGGUCUAAAUCCCACAUACAAGGUUGGCGACAUUAUGAUGGUGAAGGAUCACCUGAACAUGAUGGGUUUUGCGGGGAAUAACCCUCUUCAAGGGCCAAACGACGACAGAUUUGGACCGAGAUUUCCGCCAAUGAAUAAAGCUUACAACGCCGAACUCUUAAAGAUCGGUCAACAGGUAGCGAAAGAGAUGGGCAUAAGCGACAUCGUGCACAAAGGUGUAUACGCGUGUAUCGGAGGGCCGAAUUUCGAGACCGUGGCUGAACUGAAGAUGUUAAAAAUGAUCGGCGUCGAUGCUGUAGGAAUGUCUACGGUCCACGAAGUGAUAACCGCCAGACACUGUGAUUUGAUCGUGUUCGCCUUCAGCCUGAUCACGAAUCAAUGUACCAUGGAUUACGAUAAGUGCGAGCAAGCGUCUCACGAAGAGGUGAUAGCGGUAGGAAAAGGCAAACAAACGUUGCUUCAAGAAUAUGUGUCCAAUAUCGUGAUACGUCUGCGAGACAAAUUGACCUUAUAGAUGAACAAAAAAAAAAAAAAAAAAAGAAAAUGAUUUUUAUAAUUUAUAUAUUUAUUAGAAUAUUUGUUAGAAUGUUUUUAUCUCUUAUUCGUCUAAGAGAAUAAGAAAGGAAUGAAGAAAAAGAACGUUUUUGAUACGCGUGAUAUUUAUAAGAUAAAUGCUCGAACGAUUUCUCGAAUAAUUGUAAAUCCGGGAGUAGAGGUUUUCAUUAGGGAUUUUUAGUUUAAUCGAGAUUUAGAAAUGACACGUGCAAUUUUUAUCGCGAUUUUUAUCGUUAAAUAUCCUCGCUUGCCUCGGAGAGGAGAUAUUUUCUAAACGAAAUCGAACUCGCUUUCGUCGAGAUGCACAAUAUCGAUAAGCUUGUGAACAUAAUUGUGACAUUUCGUAUGCGAGCAUUGUAUCGAGAUUUUUAGAUAAUUUACGUUUAAAAUAUCGGUUACUGCCCUUAUUUUAUUCUUUGUCGUAACACUACGAAUAAUCGCUGAUCAAGCAAGAGAGAUAAUUAAAUCAGUAUUCGACAGUAUUUCACCGAAACGAAAAGAAUUGGUUUAUCCACGUGGAAAUCAGCUUAUCAUCAGCACAUUAUUCGAACGUGUUUCAACUUUAUGUUUGAUCUCACACAACAAUCAGAGAAUAAAAAGAUAUAAAUCGUAUUUUUUGAUAUGGAUAA